GAUGGGGGGUCCAGCAGCCGAAAGGCAAGUCCAAGGGCUCCCAGCCAAAAGGGGGCAAGGCCCCUGCGAAAGGGAAGGCCGAUGCUGCGGAAGCAUCACCUCUGGCGCCGCAGGCGGAUGCCCUCCCAGCCCCGCCGGCUGUCGCGGCCCCGGCUAUGCCCAAGAAGACCGAGGCUGGUGGCGGCUCGGCUCCGUCUCAAGAGAAGACGCAGCUGGAUGCUUUGGUCGCGCUCCUGGCCGAUGCAGGAUCUGCGAUACCAGAAGCGGUGCGGAGCUUGGUGGCGGAGCACCAACGAAGCACCUCGAACAACCUGGCCAAGUCCCUGCACCGAGCGGUUGCCGAUCAAAGCAAGGCGCGGGCGGAACUUCAGCGCCUGCGAGCCAACAGGUCCCAUUACCUGUCGGCAUGGAAGGAGUAUAUCGAGCAACUGUCUGGCAUCCUGGAGACGCAGUUGGGCGAGCAGGGGGAGUACCUCGACAAGCUCAACAAUGCGGAGGUGGAAUGGAUUUCGGCGGAGAGGGACGCCACCAUUGCCAUCUCCAGGAUGGCGUCCAAGGCUUCCGGAGAACAGGCCCAGACCGAAUCGGACCAGGACAUGGAGGACAACGAACAACGUGUUGCGGAGGCAGUCGAGAUCGAGUCCCGGCUGCGCAAGGAGAAGGAGGACCAGCAAGCAGCUGGCGCCCAGCUACAGUCUGCUCUCCAAGUUGCCAGGCAACAGGCGGCGGAGCACCUCACGAGACAUGAAAGGGAGGGUUCAAGGACUCCCAGACGAAAGUCAGAUGCGGAGGAGGCCAAGGCGGAGGAAAGCGCCGUCGAUCUCACCACAGAGGGUGGUGGGUCUGCGGCUACGCCCUUCAAGCUUGGCAAGGAGAAGGCCAAGGCUUUGCAGCCGCCCCCUCCGAAGGAGCCAGACUUCGUUGGGCCCCUACUUUCUCGCUUACUGGGCAUCAGUGGACAGCUGGAUGCCAGGACGCAGCAGUGUUUUUCAGACCUUGGCCUCAAAGGCCAUACCACCUGGAUUGACCCGCGGGUCUCCAUUCGGGAUGCGGCUCCUUUGGCCCUCGACGUCUUUGCUGCCCGCUUUUUUGGAUCUUCGGUCAUGGCCUCCUCUGGAGGGUGCGGCACUGCCUGUGCGAUGUCCCCUGCUUUCCGGGCUCCGACUGGUCUCAUGGCCCCGACCGUCGAUGCGCCUGACGCAGCAGCGGCAUUGUUCGUGCCUUCCGACCAGGUGACAGGCUUCACAGCAGCUGCCCAGGUCUCCGUCACGCUUCGAGACGCUACGCCAGGACACUUUGCAAUGCCGGUCGAUUUCCGCCACAUGGAGGGACGCAUUUGUACUGUGCUCAUUGCCCCCGGUUUCAGUCAAGAAGUGGUACACUUCGUGUGCGAUCAGCAUUGUGAGCGCGUCAGAUUGCCUAAGGUUCCCUUUCAUAUCCUCAACCCACAAGGCCUUGUCCUGUCGGUGCCAGGUGAUGAUGGUGACCAUCCGGAUUAUGGAAGGGGUGUGGCUACGGCACUUGCCGAGCCCCCUAUCCCUGAGGCCGCCGAUGGUGAGGUUGAUGUUGCCCUUCAUGAGGUAGAGGAGGCUGUCCUGCUGCAGGUCACAGGUCAAGCUCAGGUUCUACCGCAAGCCCCUGUCGACUGCACUGCCCCGCGUGCGCGCACUUUCCAGGCUGAGGAGCUGGCUAAUCAGGUGCCUGCCUGUGGGCCGGAUAUGCCACCCACCUUGCUUUCGACAGAAGGGCCUCCUCGAGCCAGUGUGACAUGUCCUAUGCACAAGCUGCCUGAUAUUCUGCCGGAGCGAUUUGCCGAUCCGCAGUUGAUCAACAUUCCUGCCGCGCAGCUCUGUCUCUUUUGCGCGGACAGGAGCCACCACAACGAGCUGAGGCGGUACAGUGUUUUUGAUAGGAUCAAGCAUCACACGGUCCGUAAGGCCGCCUAUCAAUGGUCCCUCAGUGACUAUGUCACGGAUGCGGUUCAGCAGGCAGCCGAAGAGAUACAGGUUGUACAAGUUCUCGCUCCCCCUCUCCCGGCCCUCCCUGAACCGCAGGUUUCCCUGACCCCUACAGGCCUCGGCCCAGGCGAACUGGUCCUCCCUGUCGAUUGCCGAAGCCUGGGCGGUCAGGUUGUUGCCAUUGCUAUGAGGCCGGAGCAGGACAUAGGUUCCAUCUUUACUGAGGUCGCGAACUUGCUACCGCAGCUCGCGCCGACCCUGCACAUGGCUUGCAGUAUGGAUGGAGUCUAUGCCCAGGACUCCUCUGGCAGGUCUUCUAUCGGCCCCUUUUGGGAUGCCGCAUCUUCUAUCGGCCCCUUUUGGGAUGCCGCAGCCCGAGGCGGAACGGUCAUACGAUUGGUGCCGCAACCAAUACUGACGGCACAGGUCAGGGAUUCUCUGGCGGAGCUCUUGUUCAUUUUGGCAUUGCAGGGACGGGUUCCCGAACGCCCUGUCGACUCUUCUCAGGACGGGUCGCUUCUUCAGGAAAUGACUCUGGACGCUGGGGCCCUUGCUGGGGAGCUGAUCUCCGAGGCCCCGUUGACCGCACGGGUCACGCCCAUCACAGCCUCUUUCGAUGACCUGCCAGAGCUGCGUUAUUUUAUGACGCCUGUGCGUGUGCCACAUAUGCGGGGCAUCAGCGCUGACCCUGCCGCGGCAUCAGUCCAGGCUAGAGGACGCGACGCCAUAGAUGACACUGCCAUCCUCCUGGCACACGAGACAGCGGAGGGCAUAGUCACUAAAGCACAGGCCGCGCUCACCUGUGUACAUGAGGAGUUUCACAAACGGAGCAUGCUACCCAACUAUUCCAAGGGCAAGUCGGAACUCCUCCUCGCCCCACGAGGUCACGGUGCCCCUAGUGUCCGUCAAGAGGUGCAUAUCAAGCAGGGCGGUCUUGUUCCUUUUGAGACCAGGGAUGGGCGCCAGCAUGUCUUUUGCACACGUCGCUACUUGCACUUGGGGGGGCAUGUAUGCGAUCGUCCUUGUCACAUGUUUGACAUUUGCCAGCAUGCGGUUGGCGCAAAAAGACAGAUCAAGCCACUGCGACGACCGGUCCUGCGGGACCCCGCGCUUCCCCUCAGCACCCGCAAAUUGGUACUGCAGUCGCUGGCUCUCUCCUCUCUGACAUCGACGGCUGCGACCUGGGGAGCCUUGACCAAGGCUGAGGCUAUGGCAUGGAGGCGAGGCUAUGUUGCUUUAGCCCGCACUCUGCAUCGAGAUGACCGGUGGACCGGAGCCCCCACCCUUCCGGGGGAAAAAGAGGUCUGUCUGGCCUCACGUAUGGCCUCCCCCAUGGCCUUUCUUCGCGCGCAAAGGCUCCUGCACUUUCAGAGGGUUUGCCUGACACAGCCCACGCUCAUGGACCUCCUGAUGGCCGAAAAAGAUGUGUCCGGUUCGUCCUGGCUGGACAUCUUGGAAAAGGACGUGACAUGGCUCCAAACCAUAGUCCCUGUCCCAGCCCAGGCCUUCCAUGAUUUCCCGGAGGGUCUAGCCGAGUGGUGCGUGCACGAUAAAACGGCGCUGCGGACUGCCGUACGCCGUGCCCUCAAGCUGGUCAAGCACGUUGGCCAUGAGCCUGAAUGGCAAUCCGCCUGCCCUGGGGAGGGAGAAGGUGCUAGGGCUGACCACCUGCACAGUUGCGAUAAAUGCAGCGCCAGCUUCCCCACAUACCAGGCCUUGGCUGCUCACAAGUUUGCCAAACAUGGAGUUACUUGCCAGGCCAAGGCUUAUGUUGGAAGCACGACAUGCAAGACAUGCCUUAGGCAGUUCUGGUCUGUGCUUAGGAUACUUCGGCAUUUGCAGCAUGAUUCCCCAGCCUGUUUGCAACGCCUUAUCCUGCAUGAUAUGGAGGCAGGACCGGCGAUGCCAGUCGUCGAUCCGGAGCUGUCGAUGCUCCCUGCCACCAGGGUCGCGGGCCCGCCCCUUCCGUUGCACCUCGAGAUCGAUGAUUUUGCCGCCAUGGCAGUGUCGGAGGGCUUCUCACCACGCCACUGGCAGGACAGGUGGGCUUCACCCGCCAUGACAAGAUGGUUAGAGGCCGCUGAUCUCGGGAGGGCUGCGGAUUGUGAAGAGCCGUAA